AUGGACAUUUCGGGGCAUGCCAAAUCAGCCAAAACAGCUUCGUCGGUCGGAACCGCCGCGGAUGCGCCCCCAAAGAGGCCAUGCACAAACUGCCUCAAGAAGUCCCGUACGGACCUCUGCAAGUACGCGCCAAAGCCCGUCAAGAACAAGCCACCAAAGAGCAUGGCCGCGCGCCUGAAGAGGCUCGAGGGCAUGGUGCGCGAGAUGCUCGACGAGGACGGCAACAUCCGGGAGCCGUCCUCGGAGCGCACGGCGGCGAGCUUGGGGGACGGCGGCGGCGGUGGCGGUGGCGGCGAUGACGACGACGACGACGACGCCGGGACGCCUGCCUCGUCGGCCGCGGGGGCUCAGGUCGUCAGGGGCCCAGGGGCGAGGGGAGGCAACACCACUUAUGUGGGAGCUACGCAUUUCAUGGCUAUGUUGGGCGAUAUCGAGGACCUCAAGAGCUACUUCGACGACGGAGACAGCAACAAGGACAUCGAUGAGGACUCGCCAGAGUACUUCGCCGCCGAUGUGGACUCGCCCGCCGUCCUCCUCGGGGACAGGCCCUCGCCAAGGAGCAGGCAGGAUCUCAUAGACAUGUUGCCUUCGAAACACGUCGCAGACCGACUUUACAAUGGGUUCUGGGCGGAUCCGACCUCCCGGACCAUAGAGCUGGACUUCUUUGCGCUCCUGUACAGAGUGGUUUUCGCGCUGGCCAUCUUCUUCAGCAACUUCAUGGCGCCACACGAGCUCGCUAGCGACAAUGUCCCGCUGACGCCCAUGCAGCGAUUUCGCCAAUACCGCGCCGCGGCCGGGUCGGCGCUGACGUACACGUCGUCGCGCGAUGGGCUGUACGGGUUCUCGCCCCCGGGCCCGCUGACCUGUGCGCCCUUCCUCCUGUACGUCGAGGCCGACUUCCUCAUCAACCGCACGUCGCAGAUGAACUGCUACCUGCUGUCGAGCGUGUGCAUCCGCCUCAUGCUGAAGAUGGGGCUGCACCGUGACCCGACAAAGCUCCCCGGGACCCAGAUCUCGCCCUUUGAAGCUGAGAUGGGUCGGCGCAUGUGGAACCUGGCAAUCCAGAUUGACCUGAUGGUGUCGUUCCACCUCGGCUUGCCUAGCAUGAUCCAUGGCAUUGAAAGCGAUACAUUGCCACCGAGGAAUUUAAUGGACGAGGACUUUGACGAGGAUACCAAGGAACUACCUCCAGCCAGGCCAGACACAGAGUAUACACACAUGACCUACCCAACAUUCAAAGCCGGGAUCUGCAAGCUGUUCGGCCUCGUAGCGAGGCAGGCACACGCGCUGACAGAGCCGACAUAUGAAGAAGUUAUGGACCUGGACACUCAGCUGGCAGCAAAGUUCGACGCAAUGCCACCCUUCAUGAAGGUCAGGCCGCUGGAAGAGUGCGUGACGGACCCGCCAUUCCAGGUGGUCCAGCGGUUCGGCAUCGCGGCGCUGUACCACAAGGCCAUCUGCGUGUUGCACAGGCGGUACCUGGUCGAGAAGGCGCCACGCAAGGAGCACGAAUACUCGAGGCGAAGGUGCCUGCUGGCGGCGAUGGGGCUGCUGGAGUACCAGAACUCGGUCUUUGAGGCGACGAAGCCAGGCGGCAUGCUCAGCCAGAACGGCUGGUUCGUGUCGAGCCUCGCCAUGCAUGACCUCUUACUCGCGGCCAUGGUCGUCUACCUCGUCAUCCAGAACGACCACUAUGCCGAGCCCGGCGGGGACUUUGACUGGACGAAGGAGGACACGGUCCUGCCAAGUAAGAGGCAGCUUAUGGAAUCGCUGAAGCGGUCGCACCGCAUAUGGAUGGAGGUUGCCACUGCCGCGCCGGAGGUCAGGAAGGCGCCGGAGGUUCUCGCUAUCAUGUUUCGCAAGAUCGAGAAGAGCCGUGCUGCAAAGGGGGAGCCUGUCUCAAUGCUGGCUGAAGUACCGAGGCCUCAGGCCUCUGGGCCAACAGUCUAUUACCCAUCAUUGGACAGCUUGAGGAUCAAUGUAUCAUCUGUGCCUGGUCAAGGCAAUUUCAACGCGUCGCCAGCGCCCCAACCACAACUGAGUAAACAUGGCUCCACGACAAGACCUAUGGGAACCGAUCUCAGCACGGAAGCCGCAUGGUUGCCGGAGGCGACGGACGCGAUGGAGACGAUCGACUGGACCUCACUGGAGAGGGCCAUCCGUGCCAAUGCCACCUUUGACCCGUCUUCUAAUGCUGAUCAGUGGAUGGGCGACGCCAGCUCCUUCGACUAUUCAGCCCAAGUCGACCUACUACAAUCGGCUUGGCUCAGGAGAAGCUUGUUCGCUGGGGACGUGACUUUCCCCAUGGGGCAGGGCGAUAGAGAGGAGCGCACGGUAGUAGUGUUGCUGCGGAGGACGCCGGGCCGGCCAGGGUUUGCGUUUCGUCGCGCUUGGGGCUGCAAGGACUUCAGCGAGCCGCGGGCGGCCUACGGGCCAGAGGAGCGGUUCUCGCCCACCAUCCAGAAAUCACGCCAGGACCAGCGCAACUGGGGAGCGGUCGACCCAAUGAGCUGGGACCCCAGGCGAUCGGAACAUUCGGUAUCUGGAGCCCGCUCCGAUAGCGAAGGGGUGGAGGAUGGCAGCGAUAAGACGGUUGAUAUCGACACCAUAAUAAGACCGGGUUGA